CAUUGGGUGUAAUGGCGAAGAAGCAGCAUCAGCGGGACUUUCAAAAUUUCAAGAGAAAUGAAAGGAACAGGGCUACGGUUUCGGGUUGCUCUUCGCUCGGCAUGGAGAUUAAGAGAAAGAAAAUCAGGGAAAGCACCUACUUCCUAGAACAAGAGGACUGCGGUAUCCAGGAGAAAAUCGACUUUGAGAUCCGAAUGCGGGAUGGAGCCUACAAGCUCCUUGCAGCCAGCACCCAGAGAGAUCAGGUUUUAAACGCUUCUAAAAACCUGAUGACCUGUAACAUGCGCAUUAUGGCCUAUAUGACGGAGCUGCAGAAAAAGAAGGAGGAACAGAUCAUGAACAGAAUGGCAAGAAGGUCUUCUGAUGUAGGGGCGAAGGAACGCACAGCAUGCAAGGGGAAAGUUGCAUUGUCAGGCCUUCGGAUACCAUUAAUGUGGAAGGAUUCUGACCACUUCAACAACAAAGGAAGGUCCCGACGCGUGGCUGUAUUUUGCCUGAUGAAACUUGGGUCUGAGGUUUUUGACACAGAAAUGGUGGUUGUGGAUAAAGCUGUCACAGACAUAUGUUUUGGGAAUUUAACCAUGUUCAGUGAGGCAGGACCAGGUUUUGAGUUACAACUUCAGGUCUACAGCUGCUGCUUGGAGGAGGAUCCAUCCAUAGGCAGCACUCCUAAGAAGCUGGCAAAAAAACUGGGUACUUCAUUCGGCAAGUCCACAGGAAAGAGAGUGUGUCAGCUGCUGGAUGGAAAUGACCCGGAGUCCUUCCUCCAGUCCAAUCCAUUAGCGGUGAGAUUCAGAAACGAAUAUGUCGGUGAUUACAACUUACUUGCCUAUACAACACUAACUCUUCCUCUUGCUGACGGCAGCUUCCAGUCACAGACCUUGACUGUUACAGAGAAUGAGGACUCUUCCUUCUGGCUACCUCUGUAUGGAAACAUAUGCUGUCGUUUGGUGGCUCAGCCAGUGUGCAUGACCCAAGAUAUGAUGAGUGGCUUCUUGAAUCAGCAGCAAGCUGUUGGAGGUGUUCUCAGCUGCAGCAGGCUGUACUGUGUUCUGAGAGGAGGCAACAUGUUUUGCUAUUACACUCCAGAGGAAAUUGAGGCUAAAGUAGAACCUGCCAUUGUCAUUCCUGUUAACAAGGAAACAAGGAUCCGAGCUGUGGAUAAGAACCCAGAGAAAAGGAUCAGCAGUUUCACUCUCAUUAAUCGCAUAGAUGGGGAGGCAGUGACCAAUGUGUUCACUGCAGACUGCAGAGAGGAGCUUCAGAAAUGGAUGGAGGCAUUUUGGCAGCAUUUUUAUGAUCUGAGCCAAUGGAAGCACUGCUGCAAAGAGCUAAUGAAGAUUGAGAUAAUGUCCCCAAAGAGGCCUUCUUUGUUCCUUACAAAGCAAGCCACCUCAGUCUACCAUGAUAUAAGCAUUGAUUCUCCAAUAAAGCCUGAAGGCCUAAUGGAUAUCAUUCAUAAUAAAAUAGAGGAGACAGGUGGGAGGUUUGUCGUCGGGCAAGAGGACACUCCUUUAGGUCCUCAUUGGGGUGCCCUAUUUGAAGGCACCCAUAAUAUGGUUGUUGAGAAAAACGUGGUGACUCCUAGUCGAAGUUGUGAAAACACCUGUCCUAACUACGCAAUCAAGAAAAGAAGAGCUCCACCACCUCCCCCUGACAGGCUGCCUUACAAACAAGGAGGAAGUGUCAACAAUCAGUCAGAGAAAGAAAAUUCCAGGAAAAACCCAAUGGCUCCAGUGAGGGCAUCUUCCCUCGAAAGCAAGUUCUCUUCGAUAAUACAGCAGCUGCAGAGGCCCACGGUCCCUCCCCGCAAGAACCUGAUGCAUAACAAAGCCAGUUCGAAUGAAGACCAGAUGCCAGAGCCCUUACACAGACCUGUACCUGCACCGCGACAGAGACUCAAAUCCUUCAAGGACAAAUUGAAUCCCAAAAGCUGGAGACAGCUUCAAGAUUAACACUGCUUUGAAACAUACAUGUAGCAUGACCUGAAGACAGGGCUAUACCAUCUCUGUCAAAGUCUUAUUUUAUUUUCAGAUCUUGAAGCUUUUGAUUUACUGCCAUUUUUUAUACUUUUUAAACAUUUCAGUGGCUUUUAAAAAGAAAAGAAAACGUAUACUCUCGUUAAUUCAGACCCCUGUCGUCCAAACUGAUCUAUAAUCCAAACCUGUGAUAGUGAAAUGCAGAGUGAUGUACAACUGAUGGUCAAAUCUGGUCCCAACUGGUCUGGAUUAGCAAGAGUCUCCUGUACAUAUAUUUUUUAAUUCUUUCUUGCUUUUUAAUAACGGAAUAACAUGAAACUCUAUGAAACUUUUAGGUUUUAAACAUUCUAUAAAAUGUCUUUUAAUAAGGCAUGGUUUAUAGUUUUUGAAUAGGGCCUGUUCUUUAGUUUUCGUUCCUAGAUGGUACGGAUGUGUACUGUGAAACAUUCCAUUUCCAAAUAUGUUUGUACAUAUUUAAAAAUCUAAUGUUAGAUGGGUCUCUCAAUUUAAAACCUUAUCCUGUAGUCUCUAACUGGUAGCAUGGGUGUCAUUACGUAGCAUUGAGAUCGCUUAAUAUUGUUAACAUACCUACUAUGAUUUUGGUACUGUAGUACUCUUUUUGUGAAUUUUGUUUAAAAGAGCGAAAAAAGUUUUAAUACUGUGAUUUUAUAUUUUUUGUAAAAGACAUGGACGUUUAUUUUAUUGAGCUAAACAGUAGUGGAUCAAAAUACAGCUUGCCUUUAACGCAACAUUUUGAUUUAGUUUUUUAGGUACCUUAAAAAUACAGUAAAAUGAGGUUGCAGACAUUUUUCGGACGGCGAUAUUAAGAUCCACAUGGUUUUGAUCAUUAAAAUAAACCGCAUUGUGGCUUAAAUGUUUCCUAACUAACUAAUCUGCUUAAUUUAAACAGACUUUUUUGGGACAAAAAUACAUCUGGUACUUGCCAUGGAAUUGUUUUUACUGGCCUUGCACUUCUGUGGUCAUCCUAGAAUAAAUACUUUAAGUAUGCCUUCGUAACAAAUGAGUCUGUCAAUUUCAAAUUACUACCUGCUUUCAAGAGCUGCUAAAUAUAAUUUACUCUUCCCGAUUCUACAUAGGUUAAAAUCAAAAUGUCAUUAAAGCAAAAAUAAUACAAAAUAACAAACAAAAAUAAUACAACUUAUGUAUCAAUACUGUCGUUUUUGCUUCGAGGAUAUGUUGAUGAAAUGUUCAUUGAAUUCUGUGUGCAGCUUCAGAAGUAGGCCACUAAACUUCUAUUUAGAGUAUUUGUUUCUGAAGUGUUGUUCUUGGUUGCUAUCUCAUACAUUAUAUACUGUUGGGUACCAAUAUCUGAAUUUUAGGUCUUUGGUUAAUGUGGACUUUUAAAAAUUGAGGUUCAACCUGAUUUUCUGUCCUUCACUGUAAGAUCCCUUUUUUUUUUUUUUUUUUUUUUUGAGUCAGAUUCACAAAGCUUUGUUUGUGCUCUUGGGGUAUGUUUAGUUAAAUUGUUAGGGCAACAAACAAAUCAUUUGCAUAAUACAUGUAUUAUUUAGACUUGCUGGGCAGAGCUAACGUUUGUGUUCUCUAG